AUAUAUAUAUCGAAUUCCAUUUAAUAAAUCUAGUCUGAAUUUCAUCUUUUAACGUGUACCCAUUUCUUUCAUGGCGACGGUGAUUGCGGCCGUUGCAACCGCCGCGCCAUUCAAUCAGAGAUUCUUUCAUCGGCCGGCUGGAGCUCCGCCUCCACGACUGGGUUUUUCAAACAGCUUCCCAUGGCGGUGUUUUGCGGAACAGAGGUCAAGAAGAUUGCUGGCUAUGAAGAAGAAGAAAAGUGAAGAAGAUGAAAUGGUUAAGGAAUUGAAGAUGAGUGUGGAUAAGAAAAUGGGGAGGAAGAAAGCGGAAAGAGAUGCUUAUUUGGUAGCUGCAAUUGUUUCGAGCAUUGGGUUCACUUCAAUGGCUGCCAUCGCUGUUUAUUACAGAUUCUCUUGGCAAAUGGAGGGCAGAGAGAUUCCGAUUUGGGAAAUGUUCGGCACUUUCGCACUAUCUAUCGGCACUGCUGUGGGAAUGGAAUUUUGGGCGAGAUGGGCUCACAAAGAGCUAUGGCAUGGUUCGUUAUGGGAUAUGCACGAGUCUCAUCACAGGCCGAGGGUUGGAGCUUUUGAAUUGAACGAUGUGUUUGCAAUUAUCAACGCAGUUCCAGCCAUUUCUCUUCUUUCUUUUGGCUUCUUCAAUCAAGGCUUCUUUCCCGGCCUCUGUUUUGGUGCCGGUUUGGGAAUUACGGUGUUUGGGAUGGCCUACAUGUUCGUCCACGAUGGCCUCGUGCACCGUCGUUUUCCAUUGGGUCCCAUAGCCGCUGUCCCCUACUUACGACGUGUCGCUGCUGCCCACCAUGUACUUAUCGACAUGUCAUUCAUCAUACGGAUAAAUUCGACGGAGUUCCGUACGGGCUGUUUUUAGGACCCAAAGAACUGGAAGAAGUGGAUGGUGAGGAAGAGCUGCAGAAGGAAAUUAAAAGGAGAAUCAAGGUUUACAGAAAUUAAAUUAAAUUUUCAAUAACAAAAAGUAA